ACAGCGCCGACUGUCGGCAUGCUGCGAGCGGGAUGACGGGCCGAGGAGUGUUGCAGUUCUUACGGACGACGAACGUUUUUAUUACUUCUUAAUCCUGCCUAAAAUAACUUAAACGAGAAUGAACGAGAGGUAAUUAUACGGAUUGUGUUCAGUCGGAGUAGCAGAUUUUCCUGCACAGUCCCUGUGUGAAUGAUUGUCAAGAAAAUGGUUGGAUUUCAUUGGCUAGAUCUCGAGUUUGAUGAAUCCUUGUGACUGGAGACACAGAAGCCAGAAGUCUCGGUGGUAUCGUGAAGACGUGAACAGUACUGAUUUGAGCAUAUGGCAGAACAUGCGGAGCUGCUAGCUGAGAUGGCCACAAUCGGGCGUCUCUCAGCUACUGAGCGUCUAAAGCAUGCGCAGAAGAGACGUGCUCAGCAACUCAAAGGCUGGGCUAAGAUUGAGAAAGACACCGCUCGAGUUCAUAAAGAUGAUGGGAAAAGAAAGAAAGUGACCUUCCCCACCAACGUGACCUUACUGGAGGCUGCAGCUAGGAAUGACCGAGAUGAAGUGCAAGAGCUGCUGAAUAAUGGAGUCAGUCCAGACCUGUUUAAUGAAGACGGCCUCACAGCACUACAUCAGUGUUGUAUAGAUGAUUUUGUGGAUGUGGCACGUUGUCUUCUGGAUGCGGGCGCUAACGUCAACGCGUGUGACAGCGAGCUGUGGACUCCACUGCAUGCUGCAGCCACCUGCGGACACACCAACCUUGUCCAGUUACUUUUAGACGCGGGUGCAGAUCUGUUGGCGGCGAAUGCAGAUGGGAACAUGCCAUAUGAUCUGUGUGAGGAUGAUGCCACGCUAGAACUCAUAGAGAUGGUCAUGGCUGAGCAGGGAAUCACUCAGGAACGAAUAGAUGAAUGUCGUAGAGCCAAAGAGCGAGAGAUGCUGCAAGACUUGCACAAGCUGCUUGAGAGUGAUGGGAAUCUGGGUGUAAGGGAUGAGCAGGGCGCGAGUCUGCUGCACAUAGCCGCUGCUAAUGGGUACGUGUCUGUUGGCGAGCUGCUGCUGGAAAACAAGGUCUCUCCUGAUGAAAAGGAUGUUGACGGCUGGACACCCCUUCAUGCUGCCGCCUGCUGGGCACAGAUGCAGAUGGUGGAGCUCCUUGUGGCAAAUGGCGCGAAUCUGAACGCCAAGUCUGGUCUGGACGAGACGCCUCUGGAUGUAUGCGCUGAUGAGGAGGUCAGGGCCAAAAUAAUGGAGUUGAAACAGAAGCACGACGCCAUCAUGAAGGGGCAGGAGAAGCACAAGAGUGCUCUGCAGAGACUCGUGUCCAGCGCAGGCAGCAGAGGUAAAGUGGUAAAACGCAGCAGUGUAAAUGAGCGCAGCAGUCUCUACCGCAGAGAGCAUCAGAAGGAGGCUAUGGUGUGGAAGGAGAGACAGACAGAAGCACUGGACGAUGAUGAGGACAGACAGACAGACGCUGAACUCAACACUGCACAGGUGUCUGGCUUUGAUUCCUCCCCAAUCCCUUCAUCACAGGCUGGUGAUUUGCAGAAGGGAGCUCAGGAAUUGGUUUUGGGGAACGGCAGUGCACUCUCGUCAUCUUCAUCUCUUCCGGCGGAGGAUCUGGGAGGAGGCCUCAUGGACCGCAGCGCCUCCUAUCAGCUCGCCUCCGGAGGUGACGGUAUGAGCAGAGAGAGAUCUCACCACACGCUUGCCGAUCUCAAACGACAAAGAGCUGCCGCUAAACUUCAAAAACACCCCGCACCCCCGCUACCUACGUCCGCAGAAGUCCAGGAUGAGUUUUCAGUGGAUGAGACAGUCGCAGAAGCGGCCCUUGCUCCCCUAGAGUCUCGUGCUUCAGAGCAACCUGAUGUGACCCCUGAUGCUGUGUACUUUACCCCAUCUAGUGGGGAUCCACCGUUAUUAAAGCUGAAGGCGCCGGAGGAAGACACCAGUAACAAGAAAGAGCCCUGCUGUGGGCUCAUGUAGAGUCUGUGAGAGAACACGGCAAUCACAAAACGCUGAAUAUCAGGCAGGUAUGUGGAAAUGAGCCGUGCUGUGGAACCUGCACAUCAAGUAUUUCAACACUAAUAUCAAUAUUAGCGUGCAUGAUGGAUGGAUGGACACAGCUUCUGAUGAAUAUACAGAAAUAUAUCAAACAAACUGAAUACCAAAACCCAUGAAUGUUAUGGAGAAGGUUUUCUCAACCGUUAAUCACACAAGUGCAAUACUUUCACACACACUACGCACUAUAUGAUUCAAUAGCUGUUUUAUUGCAUUGUUUUGUUAAAUGCUAAUAGAGAAAAACAGUUUAGAAGUCCAAUAUAAACGCAGUCAAACUACUGUAACCGAGAGAAAUAUCUCAUGUUUAACAGAUUUGUGGGAUGGAUCAUUACAGUUUAAAUCAGUAACACUUUACAGUAAGGUUCCUCUCAUCACACAUCACUUAGCAUUGGCUAACAUAAACUAACAAUGAGCAACAACAUGUUUAUAACAUAUUUAGUCUUUGUUAGUGUUAAUAUCAAUACGAUUAGUCAUUGUUUGCUUAUAAGAGUUCAUUGUGCUUAAACUAAUGUGAACUGAUACAACAAAUUAAAAAAUAUAUCAGUAAAUGUUGAAAUAAGCUAACUAAUGGAAUCUUAUUGUAAAGUGUUAUCAUCUUUGAAUUCAACGUUUAUUUCAUAUUGGUGACUGUAACUUUCAUACAGAUGCUUUUGAAUUUCAUAACAUCGUGCACCAAACACUGUAAGCCAGCUUCUAUUUUCUUUUCACAUAUCAAUGUUUAUUGCAUCAGACUGCCUUGAAGAUUGUUUUAAAUAAAACAUAUUGAAGAUCACGACAACUUGUGAUUAAAUUUAAACAAUUAAAUUUAAACGAUUCAAAUUAAAUGUCAAACAAAAUGGAGCCAGUAAAUCUUCAAUGAUUGCUUAAUGUUUGAUUUAUUUAAUUUAUGGUUUAAGUUAUUGUUAGUGUUUAUUUUUUCAUAAGGUAUCACAUUCUUUAAUGACAAAGGUUUACUAUCAUUUCAAGUGCUUUUUUACCUCAUUUAAUUGAAACAGAUGAUGAACCUGCUUAUGAUGAAUGUUUAAAAUGAAAUCACAAUUUAUUAAUAUUGCACAAGAUAACUCAUUUGGGGAUUUUAUCUUGGGCAAUAUGUGCAGUAUUUUUACUCAAUCGUUGUUAAUGAUGUUUGAUAUGGAAUACAUCAUUUUAAUCUAAAGUUUUUGUAGAGCUACAAUGAUGUUUCUUUAUUUAACAAAAUGGUCUGUAAAAAUGUUUGAAUAGUCCAAAAAUUUCUUUUUUUAUACAUAAACGUAUAAUAUAUAUAUAUAUAUUUAAUGAACUUUAAAUGUUUGUGUGACUAUCACAGAGUUACUAUUUAUUCCCUGUGUUUUCACCUAAUUUAA